AGCCAGACCACCAUUGCUUCUGCUUCUUCCCACCACCGUUUCUUCCCUUCUCCUUGUCAUCUUCCAUCUCGGCCUGCUUCCUUUGUCUCUAUACUAUACAACGGCAUCCUCGAUCGCGCACCAAUCUUCUUUCACGCAUCGCUACUUGGCUGAUUCCAGAAUUCGUCUUUUCCGAAGCUACCCCUCAUCGCUUCGCCCACCAGCUCUUUGCCGAGCUCCCGCGCCCUCGAAGCUCUCAUCGGCAUCUUCGCCUUCUGCCCAACGUCACGACCCCUCAGCCGGCGCGUCUUUGGCUGCUCGACAGCAGUUGAUACUACACAAUGGCUCCUCCGCCGCCAAACUCGAAUAGCACGCUCCAGGAGCGCUUUCUGGCCCUGGCCCAGACUCUACAAUUUGCCUGGUUUGUCGGGCACCUUACUCUUAUCCUCACCACCUCUCGAUAUGCGCUGUCAUGGCUGUUCAUGAACUACUACAGUGGCAUGGCUCAGUUCUCCUACCGAACGUCGUUUGCCGCUGCCGCUCUUACGUAUGGGAUUGUCGUCUACAAGACUCAGCGGGCCCGCGCAAAGACCGGAACCAGGGCACCCAACGGUGUUGUUGGGCUGCUUGCCGAUGAGAACGUUCAAUACCUAGCUCUGGCCCUUGUCUGGCUCUUCAUGCCCCAGUAUCCCCUCGCUUUACUCCCUUACUCGGUCUACUCCAUCUUCCACGUUGCCACCUACACGCGCGCCAACAUCAUUCCCGUCUUCCAGCCCCCGCCGCCUGCCGCCGAAGGCGCUGCCCGACCCAAGGUCAGCAGCCCCUUGGCCGACAGGAUCGGAAACUUUGUCAAGGAAUACUACGACUUUUCUAUGACCGUUGUCGCCUACCUUGAGAUCAGCUUGUGGGUUCGGGUUUUCCUUUCAGCCAUCCUUUUCCAGCGUAGGUCGUGGAUCUUGCUUGGCCUGUAUACCACAUUCCUCCGAGCUCGCUAUGCCCAGAGCAGCCACGUCCAGACUUCUUUUGCUCACGUCGCCGCACGAGCCGACCACUUUGUUGGCGCCCAGGGAACGCCACCCCAGCUCAAGCAAGCCUGGGAUAUUGUCAGGAAGAUUGCCGUCCAGUUCCACGACGUGACCGAGCUGAACAAGUACAUUGGUGGUGGCCCUGCCAAGAAGACGUCAUAAAUGCCCGGAUAUCGUUAAACACGCGACCGGGAACAAAGAAUGGCGACUGAGCGAUGCGCUUCAUGUGUAUCUUCCUCGAGAUUUUCAGUUUGAUGGAAAGUCAAGUUUGGUAGCUCGGCCGCUGUGUCUGAUGAAUGGCGAAUUGGCGAAACUGGCAAUCUACCCCUAGCAACUGCUUGUACUACUACGUCAAAGGCUUGCCAGUGGCGAGCUUGAAUCUCAAUGGCAAAUUCCGAAUUUGGUCUUGAUCAACUGGAGUCGAGGACCUCAAAUCUUUUUUGUUUUUUUGAUGGCUAGAAUAGGGUCAAGUUAGUGGAUGUGCGCUUGACCAGCUGAGAUCAGCAGUUGAAGAAUGGUGUGAGGAAGUGCUCCUCCUUGUAUCCCACUCAAUGAGAUGGGUUAUAUAGUUUGGAGAAGAGCUUGUAGUUUGGCGCGUAAUGGGUUUAUACUGGUGGCCGUUGAUAGUGUUGAGCAACCUUUCUCUCGACAAGAUGUCUAAAGUAUCUAUUAUCUAUCAUAAUACAAUUACGUGUUUGGAUCCCUCACA